GAUGAGGAGGAGGAAGAAGAGAAGAAAAAGGAGGAGGUGGAGUGCUGGCAGAGUUUGCCCGUUCUGCUUAGUGGGUCUUGGAGAAGGAGGAGUUGUUGCCUGUUUGAGGCACAGCGGGAGGGGGAAAGGAUAGCUUUAGAAACAGAAGCAGCGGCUGCAGCACCAGCAAACACCCUUUCCACAGGGUGUGCGCGGUGGUGGGUUCUACGGAGCUGCGCGGUUGGAAAGAGGUUCGGAUGCAUCCUGCGCCCAUGAAGCCAAUUUGUUUGUCCCAGGUCUCUAUUUCAAAAAACCUGAUGGUGACGUUGCUGUUGCUUGCUGCCCAGCAUGUUUAAGAAACCUGAUUUCCAGAAAGAAAUUCUGAAUCUUCAUGUCAACUUCCAUUUGCAUCACAGGGCUCAAUGGAUCUGGCCUCUACUGGAACUGAAUGUUAUGAUGAAAGCUCUCUUGUGGAAGUGCAGAGCUUUUCUCCAGCUAUUUCAAGAUGAUCAUUUAUUACUUCGGAUAAAUGUACACUGACAACUCUACAGGCCAUGAAAGAAAGAAAUUAAUAUUGAUCAAAGCACAAGAAAAUAACAUUUAAGGACACAAGGACCCCAGUUUUUGGUUUGAGAUGCUGAGGAGGCUACUGAGGAAGAAAUGUGGUCUUUGUCAGAUCAAACCCUUCUUCCUAUUACUCAUUUUUACCCUAAUCAUUUGCUUCUCCAUCUUAAGGAUUCAUGAAAAGUCAAACUUUUCAAAUCUCCGAUAUUUAGAGUUGACUACAGAGAAUCCAUAUAGUAAUAUUAAUUGUACCAAAAUUAUACUGGGGGACAAAGAAGAAAUACAAAAUGCGAAGCUUACAAUGCUAACGAUGAAAUUUAGAAAACUCCCUCGGUGGACAAAUGAUGAUUACAUCAAUAUGACCAAAGAUUGUACCACUUUCAUUAAAACCCGCAAAUAUAUCAUGGAACCCCUUAGCAAAGAGGAGGCAGAAUUUCCUAUUGCAUAUUCAAUAGUGGUUUAUCACAAAAUUGAAAUGCUUGAUAGGCUCCUAAGAAGCAUCUACACACCUCAGAAUUAUUAUUGUAUUCAUGUUGACAAAAAAUCUCCUGAAUCAUUUUUAGAAGCUGUGAAGGGCAUUUCAUCUUGUUUCAGUAACGUCUUCAUUGCCAGUCAACUGGAGAGUGUGGUGUAUGCAUCAUGGAGUAGGGUCCAAGCGGACCUCAACUGCAUGAGAGAUCUCUACAGACAGAGUGCAAAAUGGAAGUAUUUGAUAAAUCUUUGUGGUAUGGAUUUCCCAAUUAAAACCAAUCUGGAAAUGAUAAGGAAGCUCAAGUCUUUAAUGAAUGGAAACAGCUUAGAAACUGAGAAAAUGCCUUCCCAUAAAGAAGUCAGAUGGAAGAAGCAUUAUGAAGUCAUUGAGGGCAAGCUAAAAAACACGGGAAAAGAUAAGCCACUUCCUCCCAUUGAAAUACCAAUUUUUUCAGGCAGUGCCUAUUUUGUUGUUAGUAGGAAGUAUGUUGAAUAUGUACUAACCAAUGAAAAGAUCCUGAAAUUUAUUGAGUGGGCUAAAGAUACAUAUAGCCCAGAUGAAUAUUUGUGGGCCACAAUUCAAAGAAUCCCUGAAGUUCCAGGUGCACUUUCUUCCAGUAAUAAGUAUGAUAUUUCUGACAUGCAUGCAGUUGCUAGGUUUGUGAAGUGGCAAUACUUGGAAGGGGACAUUUUCAAGGGAGCUCCGUAUCCACCAUGCAACGGGAUUCAUGUCCGUUCUGUAUGUGUAUUUGGGGUAGGAGACUUAAACUGGAUGCUACAACAGCCCCAUUUCUUCGCCAAUAAAUUUGAUACCGAUGUUGACUCUUUUGCAGUCCAGUGUUUAGAGGAGCAUCUAAGACAUAAAGCUCUAUAUCCAAUGGAACUCUGAAUGUCUUUACUAUAAGAGAAAAGUGAAAAUAGCAGACAUGUAGAAUGUCUUCUGUGCAUCAGAAACAAACAAGAAGAAGCCAUGUUAUUGAAUUGCCUUUCUUCCACUGGCUGCUAGUUUUCUUUAGAAUGCAUUCUGUUAGAAAUACUUUGCGAUCAAACUAUAAGAUUGGAGUUAAAUAAAAUGUAUAUUUGGGGAAGGAAAGAAGGGAGUCCUGAUCCUUUCUAUUCAUAAGCAUAAUCUAAAAAUGAUCUCAUCUUCUUUCAAAAAGAUUUGAGUAAUGAAGUCAAUAUAUAUUUGUAUGUAUAUAUGUUUACAAAUCUUUCUACAUUGUUAAAUUAUUUUUUUCUAUACAUUGGGGUAAAGACAGAUUGGGGGAGGAAUGGGGGCGGAGUCAGAAUUUGGAGUAGAUGCAGAUGAAAGGAGCAAACUCAAAGAGCUCAGGGACCAAAAAUAAGACAUUUUCUCUCUAUUUGUUUCAGUGGUGUCAAAGCUAUUGGGAGAACUUUGGAAUAUGAAUGUUUUCUUGAACUGAAUUAAACAUAAAAGCAACAGCCAAUCAUAAGGAUGUAAUUUAUCUUUAAACAAUAUUUUGUGUAUAUGUUGUGCUAUAUAUUUGGUGUUUGUUCCAAGUGAACCAUGUGAAACAAAGUUUGAUUUUGGUUGGAAAAAUUCUGUAUUGCACAGUGUUCUUAUGUAUAUCUUCUCAGGGGACAUAAAAACCAAGUGCCUGAAUUUCUAACAUGUAGUAUUGUAAGUUAAUUUUAACACUUAUUUUAAUUAUUUUCCAGAACAAAAAUACCAAUUCCUUGUUCAUUUGAUACCAAUGAUGAUGUUUCUAAAUUAAAAAAAAAAAGUGUUGCUCUGUCUCAAACAGUGAAAGACUAAUGAAAAAAAAAAUGCACAUGCUAUAGUUCAGGGGUCCUUGACCUGGUAUCUUUGCACAACAGAUAAUAUUUUGAUAACUGCGUUUCAGUAUAAUUGGUUUCCUUCAAAAUUCUAUGUAUUUAUCUUAUGCAUUUAAAAACAUGAUUCUUUGGAGAGGUCCUGCCCUCUAGAGAUUGCCCAAGGAGACCAGGACACACAAAAAAAUGGCAAAGAAUCUUGUGAUCUAGUGUCAUUGCAUGAGGAAAACCUAAUUUUCAUAGCACACCAAAAUUCAUUUGUUAGCCAGUGAUCAUAGUUACUGAAAAAUGCUAAUACAGAAAAGGUCAAAUAGGGGCUGGGAAGAAAAAAAAAUGUAGCAAAGGUACACAGUUUUUUUCUUUCUUUCUUUUUGGUUUGUUUUGGUUUUGUUUGGGGUUUUUUU